UCGCUUUGUUCUUUGGAGAACCGAACUGCAGACCUAUCAGCAUGUCUAGACAAGACAAAAGAAGUGCUUUUGUUACCGGACAAGUUCUGGUUUGGCUCUGAUUUCUCACAGAGGUGCCCGAAUAAUGAGGACAGCGGCGUGUUUUGUAUGAAUCCGAAACCAUCUGCUCAAAGUAUACAAGUCAGGCUGUUUUCUUCUACGGACUUCACUGCGGGACUUGAUCGGUUUCUUGAGUUAAAGUUCGAGUCGGGAGGAAAGAACUACAAAGCAUGCGGGAACACAUUUAAAACGACGGAAACCUGGAGUUACAACGCGGAUCCACUUUCUGACACUGUUGUCUACCCUUGGUAUGUGAAAAAUUUCCCCGUUUCCGUAAAUUGGAGCUAUACAUCCGGGGAUUUGUAUACGCUAAUGGUGUAUGAUGCUGGAUAUAUGACGUCAAGCGGUCUUUACAUAAAUAUAUUGAAUGACGACAUACUUUCUGCUGACGUUAUACGUGACUAUGUUCAGCCACUUAUUGGUACAGACAUCAAAAACCCCUACCUUUUUAUGCUGUUUAAACAAAAUGGCAAAAUAACACUAUCUGAAGAAUGGAUGAAGAGAUUCACAACAGGGAACAUGGCCGGUGCAUGGACCAUCGAAGAAUUUACAACGGCCGUUAAUAUGAAUGGGCUUGUGGCUGUGAACUGGAUUGUUGUGACAGGGGAUGAGUGGGCGGCCCAGACAAUGAUGGACAGAGGGGGACCCUAUGCCUUGUGUCCUUUGUUCGCAACAAAAGCUUUACAUGAAAAGACAAGACCAUUUAUUCCAAGUGAUACCCAACUUUCAGUGUGGGUAGAUUUUGACUAUAUGGUGCCAGCCGACGAGAACAUGAACGUAUGUUGUAAGGACUUCUCUUAUAGAGCUGAAAACUUUACGGUAAACCCUCUUGGAAGCAAAGCGCUAAACACGUGGCAAGUCCGGACUGGUAUACCUUACGACCUAACAUUUACAAAGCUUGGCUAUUUUUCUCAACGUCACAAUUUCUCAGAGGAUAUGUACACUGUCAUAGGACACGAUCCAGAUGUUCCAAUUCCAGCAGCAGGUACAGAAGAACGUCCUAUCUUACAUCUUCUUGCCACAAAUAUUGUCGAUGGAAACUUCAAAGAAGGUGACAUCAGUUUAGCAUGGGAGGGGCCGUUCCCGUUUGCAGACACCGUUCCAACACGCCAUGAUUACUACACUCUUGUUUACAAACAGCAAGGACCAAUCAACGCUACUGAGCUGAGGUAUAAAUAUGCCGGAAAUUGCCAAGGGAGACUUGCAGGGAGGUGUUUGUACGAUAUAAAUCGCGCUGUAAGCGACAACAGUUUGACACUUGUUGGUGCCACUUGGUUCAUUGCGCAAAAAGAUCCGUACGUGUUAAAAAGGCAGAUUGACAAUACCGGAAGUGACGAAGCGGAAGUGUGCAAAGGUCUACCCGGUUACAUGAAACCAUGCACAGGCUCAGCCAUAAUCAUUCUACCUUCUCACUUAAAUGUUUCUAUUCUAUUUCUCCUGUGUAUGCUUGUAUUUUAAUUAUACUAAUUUUAUAACUCUUAUAUAAUUGAUUUGUUAAAAAUAUGUAUGUCGAAAUAUUUUGAUUUGUUAUGUAUCGUUUAAGCGCUUUGACACUAUAAUCGUUUUUCUCCAACAUUUUAUGUUAAUGUAC